CCCGGCUCCCCUUCUCUCCCUGUGUGCAGGAGUUGACUCUCGCUGUAAUGGAGACACAGCCCCUGGAGCAGCAAAUCCAAAGUGUGGAGCGCAAUAUUGCGUUUUUAAAAAAAGAACAGCUGGAUCUGUUGCAUGAUCUUCACCUGGAAAUUCUCAGACUGCAAAAGCAUUGCACAGAGCUUACACAAGAGUUGGAGUCAAAAAGAGUGGAGGAUUUCCAGCAAGAUCAAAUUGAGCUGGAAAUGGAGGAAAAAUGCAGAAUUCUGGAAGCCCGGUACAGUGAAAAAGAAAAGCUGAACCUGCAUUUAAAGAAAGAGCUCUAUCAUCGAGAGAAUCGAGUUGCAGCUUUGAGAUCUAAGCUGAGGGAAAAGGAAAAAAGGUUCUUGGAGGAAGUGAAGAGAAGAAGUCACAGAGUUACCAUAUUAAAUACAGAGCUGCACAAGCAAACUGAAGCUGCAGCUUAUCUAUCUUUCCAACUGCAUACCAUCAAGUAUAAGCAGCAAAGCAAGCAGCACAGCAAUCAAGUAUCAUCUUGUCCCCUUGACCUCUCAGUAGUCAAACAACCGAAGGAAAAGGUCAAGAGGAGAGUCCACAAGAAUCAUAGUGCAUGGAGGGCUGAGUGUUCUGCAAGCAAGGAUAUAGCAAGAGACUCCUUUCAGAGGGAGCAGAUCACCAGUUAUGAUGAGCUGGAACCGAUGCCAGAUCCAGCUCUGUUUUUAUAUCCCAAGCGAUACCUGCAACAUCACCGGCAGAGACCAGAACCAAAAUCUCAUACCCUUGAAAAGAGUGGCAAAGGUCAUGUUGGUGGCGCAAUGGCACUUGGCAGUCAGUGGUCGGAGAAGCUUUCAUCAGAUAAUGAGGACUCACCACCUUCUAUUCCUGUUGUUAAAGCCAAACUUCCAAAAAGUGAAAGAGGAAAGAGGCGAGCUUUGGCUCGACAAGAUUCCAGGGAUUCCGAAUGAAGCAGGACAUUCUGUCCGAAGUCCUCUUAAAAAGAUAUAUGUUAAUCCAGUAGGAGAGUUUGUAGAAUAAACUGGUUGUUACACUGUAUGUCCACGUGCACUGCUCUCUUUUAUGAAGUCUUCCUACAUCUGCUACGUUUCUUCCUCAUUGCUUAGUGGAAGAUUUUUCCAGCUGCCUCUGUUUCCCUACAACAUAUCUUCUUUGGAAGUCCUUUCUGCAAAUUUGCUAUUAUAUAUCUUCCUUUUGUUAAAUAUAAAAACAAAAUGUAAACACAAAGUAGCAAUACUGGUUUUCCACAAAAGAAUGCUCAAUGGCAUAACUAAUCUCAAAGUUGGCUUUGAAACCUCCUACAAGAAUAUGACAGACUGUGCAGUGUUCUUGGCAGUGCAAUUUGCUUGCCUUAUAUGGUAUUUGUAUAUGAUUUUUUAGGAUAAUUUAGAUCUCUUUGCUGCUUGGCCUUGGUGAAUAUCACAACACAAACUUUAAACAAACAUGUAUCAUUGACCGCAUGGUCACAAUAAUCAGGAGAUUCUACUAAACAAGGAACAUCUACUGAACUUCUGAAUGUUUUCCUUAUUUGUGUUCCUUAACAGAUUUCAGUAAAGGUUUGUACUUUUUAA